ACUCCGCCCCGCCCCUUCCAGCGCUAGAAAGAUGGCGGAGUUGGACAUUGGGCAGCACUGCCAGGUGGAACACUGCCGGCAGCGAGAUUUUCUUCCAUUCAUUUGUGAUGGUUGUUCAGGAAUAUUUUGCCUUGAACACAGAAGCAAGGACUCUCAUGGUUGCCCUGAGGUGACUGUAAUCAAUGAGAGAGUUCAUACUGAUAAACAAAAAUCCUACCCAUGUUCCUACAAGGACUGUGCUGAGAAGGAGCUUGUGGCAGUUAGAUGUCCAUUCUGUGAGAAGAAUUUUUGCCUAAGACAUCGUCAUCAGUCAGAUCAUGAGUGUGAAAAACUGGAAAUCCCAAAGCCUCGUAUGGCUGCCACUCAAAAACUUGUUAAAGACAUUAUUGAUUCUAAGACAGGAGAGACAGCAAGUAAACGACGGAAAGGUGCAAAAAAUAGUGAGACAGCUGCAAAGGUUGCAUUGAUGAAAUUAAAGAUGCAUGCCGAUGGAGAUAAGUCAUUGCCACAGACAGAAAGAAUUUACUUUCAAGUUUUCCUACCAAAGGGGAAGAAAGAGAAGAGCAAGCCCAUGUUCUUUUGCCACCGGUGGAGCAUUGGGAAGGCUGUAGACUUUGCAGCUUCCUUAGCCAGUCUUAAAAAUGACAAUAACAAGUUAGUAGCUAAGAAAUUAAGAUUAUUUCACAGUACUUCAGGAGAAGUUUUACCUCUGGAUGACACUUUGGAAAUGUGGAUUACUAAAGAGGACUAUCCUUUAUAUAAUGGUGGAAAUAUUAUUUUGGAAUAUCUUGAUGAUGAAGAACAGAUUUUAAAAAAUAUUGAAUCUUAUUUGGAGUAAUCAUUGAAGGAUUCAAGCCAGAAAUCACACACACACACACACACACACACACACACACACACACACACUUCUAUGUACAUGUUUAAGUUACUUUUACUAGCAUUUUUUUUGUUUCUGUUUUUACUCUUUUUGUGUGCUGAUAAUG